GUCUCCCAGGAGCUUGGUGGCCAUGGCAAAGUGGAUUCUGCUCAUUGUGGCUAUCCUGGUCAUGGGUCAUGUGCCACCAGGAAGCACGGAAUUCAAACGGUGCUGGAAUGGCCAGGGGGCCUGCCGGACUUUCUGCACAAGGCAAGAGACCUUCAUGCACCUGUGUCCGGACGCUUCUCUGUGCUGCCUGUCCUAUUCUUUGAAGUCUUCACCCCCCUCAAAGAUUGGAAGUGUGUAGCUUGCUCUAGA